CACAGCGCCCUCCCAGCCUAACACACCCCUCCUCAGUUCAAAACGUCACAUGGCAGGGGAGUGGAUGGUGCCUGUAAUGAAAUUACAUAUGGAAUAGCCGAAAGUGGGAAUCGAAGGUACUUCAACAGGAAUUAACCGGGUGCAAAAUGCCACAGCUUAUUUUUCAGGUAUGCGGUCAAAAUAGCGUGCAUCGUGCUCAAUUUUGUUUUCUACAAGCUUUGAUAUUGUGUUCAUAGGAUUUUCCAAUAGAUAACUGUAUUCCAGUCUGGUGGUUCGAAGGGAAUUGGAGUGAAAGUCCGCCAUAUUCAGCUUUACCACGCCCGGAGUCGAGCUAUUGGGGGAAAAGACUUGAAUAUAAAACAUUAUUUUGAAGCGUUUGACUCUAUUUUUCGGGAUUGUCAAACGCAAAAUAGCAGCAGGACUUCCCCGUUUUUUCGUCCGAUGAAGCAUUUGAUUUUGUUAGGAAGAAAUACCUGAUAAGAUUGAAAGACCACAGCUAAUAAGAACGGAUGACUAUGGAGACAGUAUUCCAAAAGGAUCUGUUGCUCAAGUAAGAAUUAAAAGGACAUCAACAGGGCUUGGAUUGCACUCUUGGUUUGUGUGAGAUACUGUUUAGAAGGUAUUCUUAUGUUCGGGGUGAUCCACGCCACAAAAUAGGUGGUUUUGUAUGAUUUCCGCGGACAAUUUCAUGAAUCGAAUUUUACAUCUGUUUUCUUUGGGCUGGAAAACACACCAUCUUCGUGCGUGGCAAUAGGUACACCCAUGCAUCGGUUUAUGGUUUCCCUCGAUGGAUCUUUUGUAAAGUCUUGAAUAAACAUCACAGUCACCCACGGCGUUUUCUUUCGGAGAAUCAUGACUCUGGACUCCAUAAUGGCGUGUUGCCUCAGCGAGGAGGCAAAAGAAGCCAGGCGGAUCAACGACGAAAUCGAGAGGCAGCUCCGCCGGGACAAGAAAGACGCCCGUCGCGAGCUCAAGCUCCUGCUACUCGGCACUGGCGAGAGCGGGAAGAGCACCUUCAUCAAGCAGAUGCGUAUCAUCCAUGGCACGGGCUACUCGGAGGACGACAAGCGCGGCUUCACCAAGCUGGUGUACCAGAACAUUUUCACCUCCAUGCAGUCCAUGAUCCGAGCCAUGGAAACCCUGCAGAUCCCCUACAAGUAUGAGCACAACACGGGCAUGGCCAACGUGGUUCGCGAGGUGGACGUGGAGAAGGUGUCCUCCUUCUCCAACCCGUACGUGGAGGCCAUCAAGAGCCUGUGGAUCGACCCCGGCAUCCAGGAGUGCUACGACCGCCGGAGGGAGUACCAGCUCUCCGACUCCACCAAAUACUACCUUAAUGCACUGGACCGCAUCUCCGAGACGGGCUACGUGCCCACUCAGCAGGACGUGCUGAGGGUGAGGGUGCCCACCACGGGCAUCAUCGAGUACCCCUUCGACCUGCAGAGCGUCAUCUUCAGGAUGGUGGACGUGGGGGGUCAGAGGUCAGAGAGGAGGAAGUGGAUCCACUGCUUCGAGAACGUGACGUCCAUCAUGUUCCUGGUGGCGCUGAGCGAGUACGACCAGGUGCUGGUGGAAUCGGACAACGAGAACCGCAUGGAGGAGAGUAAAGCGCUGUUCCGCACGAUAAUCACCUACCCCUGGUUCCAGAACUCGUCAGUCAUCCUCUUCCUCAACAAGAAGGAUCUUCUGGAGGAGAAGAUCACCUACUCCCAUCUGGUAGACUACUUCCCAGAAUACGAUGGUCCCCAGAGGGAUGCCCAGGCGGGCCGGGAGUUCAUCCUGAAGAUGUUCGUGGACCUGAACCCGGACAGCGACAAGAUCAUCUACUCGCACUUCACCUGCGCCACCGACACCGAGAACAUCCGCUUCGUAUUCGCCGCCGUCAAGGACACCAUCUUGCAGCUCAACCUCAAGGAGUAUAACCUGGUCUAGAGCCCCCCAGCACACACUUCACUCACUUCAAGAUGCCUACAACCUGGUCUAGAGCCCAGCACAGCACACACUCACUCACUUCAAGAUGCCUACGGCCUCUCCCAGGGCCUCCACGCCUACAGCCUGUCUAGGGCCCAUUCACCACUCCCGUCUCCUCCGCCUACAACCUGGUCUACAGUCUAGGCCACACUUCAAGAUGCCUACGGCCUCACCCAGGGGGCCCAUUCACCUACAGUAUCCCUGCUCGGCCUACAACCGACCAUGCCAACAGCCUGUCUUAGGCCAGUUCACCUGUUCCUAUUUCUCCUCCUCCUCCUCCUCCUCCUCCGCCUCCGCCUACAAUCUUGUCUAGGCCUGGCGACACUUCAAGACACCCCCCUAGCCUACAACCUGGUUUAGAGCCCAGCAACACUUCAAGAUGCCUACAGCUUCCCUAGGGCUCUUUCAUCUAUCCAUCCUCAGUCUCCAGUCUCAUCUAAAGCCCAACGACACUUCGUCCCAUCCACCUCUUUAGAUACCUACACCCUGGUCUAGACCCCAGCAUCUGUCCCAUGACCGGAAAGGUUGUCGUCUCGAAACCCCCCUCCCCCCACCCGCCUAUAGAUUCAUUCACUUAAGAGAACGCAAACACGCUUCUACUACACAGACUCAUCUACUCACUCAGGAGAUGGGUUGAAGCCGGUCGCUGUGAUUUUUUUGUUUUAGUGAGCACCCUCACCACAUCCUCAUUCCUCCUCUCUUCUCUCCCCUCCCGUGCUCUAGACCAAAUCCACACCCCAUCGCCAUCGCCACCCCCACCCCAGACCUGGUUGAAAAGGCGAGUGUGCGAUGUGCGAACAUCCUUCAUUUUUUUCUCUUGCGCUUACAUCACAGCCGUGGUGGCUGAUGUUUUUUUAAAGACGCCUUCUCCUGAACACGGGCUACGAUAUCAAUACUUACCCAGACUGUCCACUGCUGUGUACUUAUUUAUUUGCACCUUGGCGCUUGGUCACAGGGUCCAUCUUGAAUAUUGUUGAAUUAUUAUUAUAAUUAUUAUUAUUGUUAUUAUUCCAUUUUAAUAAUCACUUGUCAGUGAGUGUUUACUGUGCAGAAGAAGAAACGCAAAUGUGUUUUUCUUUUUGAGAGAGUUGCUCUAACAAACGUAGUCUGCCAUGACCACACCCCUAUCCUGACCACAAAGUUUUUUUUUGUUUUUCUUUUGUUUUUUGGAGGAACUUGUUUUAUGUUCCAAAACGACUUUAUUUCUUUCCUUAUCCAAACUACUACCCCCAUCCCAUCUCCAGGAUGAAAUUUGAAGAAUGUACACAAACACUUUUAAUACUACAGACUGCGACUGUCUGGCUGACUCGUUUUUGUUUCUGGGCACAAAAUAUUCAUUUAUUACCAACCUUCAAGAUGGACUACCUGAUGUCUGUUUUUUUUUUUUUUUUUUUUUAAACUUCUGUUUGUAUAUUUAAUUACUGCAACUAAUUAAGCAUUCAGUCACUCGCCUGAAGGGGAGGCUAACACAUGCGGUAGGCAGGUCUUGGCUUGGCACUCUUCUCUCUCUUUCUUUUUCUCUCUCUCUCUCUCUCUCUCUCUCUCUCUCUCUCUCUCUCUCUCUCUCUCUCUCACACACACUUUUUGACAUGAGAAUGAGUGUAUAUUGUAUGGUUGUUGUGGUAUUAUGCUAUGGAGUUGAAUCGAAUUAUGUGCCACAUUUUUUGUUGUUGCUAUUUUAUUGUUCUCAGAUAUGCUUGUCAUAUAUAAAUAUAUUGCCAAAUGCAUAUAGCACCACUAAAACCACCACCACCACCCUUCCCCUACCCUCACAGACGUGCACACUAAUACACACACACACUUAUUAAAACAUAUACCACUCCCUAAACAUAUACAAAGUCACAAUCAUGUCUCUACAGCAGUGUCAGACGUCUGGUGUCCCUUAGCCACACUAUAAGGUUCAAAGUGUUAUGAUCUCAGUAUGGCCACUUCUCAAGCGCAUCUUCUGCCCUCGUCUGGGGCGAUUAAAGGCGCUAGUUACAUACUGGCUUCCCUCAUAAGGAUCUGUGGUUUCCACUGCUGCACUUGUGUGUUAAAGUGAUGCUUUCAACCAUUCCGCCUUUUUUUUGCCAAAUCAAUUUCUGGCCCGUUAAGUCGAGUAGCCAUGUUUUGUUUGUUUUUUUUGUCAGUGCAAUAUUGCACCUCAGAGGGAGGGAGUGAGGGAGGAGUGUUUUGUGAAUUCUUGAUUUUUAAAUUUACUCACUUUGUUUUUAAAGUCACAAUUUCACUCUUGUGUACAAUCAAGUAAUUGUGGAAGGAACUGUGCUUUUUAUGUCGCCACCCACUUCUCACACUCUCCUCCCCCCCUUCUAUUUUGAUUUCACGACGUUAUGAUGGUCUGUUUGAUGAGCGCUUUCCUCUCGACCAAUCAAAAUGGGCGUGGAGGACGGCCGACAUGUGAGCUGCCACACCCACAUUUGCCAAGUCUCUGGACCUCCAAGGCCCUCAGCCUGGGGUCACGCUCUCCAGUUCAUUUCUCACAUUCGAGCAAGUUCCUCUUGUUUUCCUUUCGAAAAAAAAAAAAGAAUAAUUAUUCCUUGCAAAAGGGCUUUUUAACAGUUUUUUUUGUUGGUUGUUAUUUGUUUUUUUGCUGGUAUGGUUAAUAUAAAGGUGUUUUGCAUUAAGACUAUCUUGAGAAAUAUUAGUGGACGUUGAGACUCUACAAGGGCUUGUGGUACAGGGGUGAAUUCAGGUAAAUUGGGCCACUUUUUUGCAUAGAAGUUAAUGGAAAAAAGUGACCCAAUUUACCUGAAUACACCCUAUAAGUUUUGGAGAGGAUAUUGGAGCAGUUCCCAUAAGAGAGGCGCUGAGGAGGACCGUACUCUUUUUAAGGAGCCUCUUACGGGGACCACUCAGCCCCCCAAUCAUGCGCUCAGAUUUUGCUUCUGGAGACGACUGAAACAAGGAGUGUCAUUUUUUGAAGUUUUGUAUUGUUGAGCUGUCUGCUAGUUUCUGUACCGUUGAAAUUGUGCAGGGGGUGAGACUUUUGGAAAGGUGUGCAAGGGUGGGUGGGUGGGUGCGGGGGGGUUAAUUCUUGAAGAAAUGAAGCUAAUUUUUAAUGAAGACCGGAAAAAUAAGACCGUCCAGUCCAAAAACCAUGGUACUAGUAUUUCACUGAGAGAGAAAUGCUCUUUUUCUUUCUGUAUUCGAAAAACAAAGAAAAAAUGUUGCGAUAUUGCAUCGGGGAAGCUUGACUGGAAGUGCGGAAGCUUACUGGCACAGUCUAGUCUUUCUCUUCACACUUCCUUGUGGGGCUCUUUUUUAUCAAAGCAGCACAUUGUGCGGGUAUGCAGUGAGGCGGGAUGCUCAGAUUUCCUUCUUGCAUUCCCAGCCGACCUGCUCGCCUCUGCUUCUCUCCUCUCCCCGCCUCCUGGUCCCACCAGGGCCCUACAAGCACCUGUGUACAAUGCUUUGUCUUACUGAGUGAAACAUUGGCCUUUUUUAAUUUACGUUCUUUGUUUGGUUGUUUUCUUUUGAAACGUUUACAGACCAGACUAUUGAAUUGCAAUUAUAUAUAUAUAGAUGAUGAAGAUGGAAUGGUGUCUGUGGAAAUGCAACUUUUUAAAAUUUAGUUCUGGAACACGAGUUUUCCCUCCUUUUUUCUGAAUGUAAAGAACAUUCCUGUCCUGUACAGUACUCUAAUGCUGGCCAGAAGUCCCAUCACUCUCUCUCGCUCUCUCUCUCUCUCUCUCUCUCUCUCUCUCUCUCUCUCUCUCUCUCUCUCUCUCUCUCUCUCACACAGUCACCCCCUGAACUCUGGACUACUGAAGCGGCUAGCAUGUGAAGUCUCUGUGUUUGCUAAUUCUGAAGCCUUUUUUUAUUUGUGUUGGGACUCCUGUGUACAUUGUGUACAACACCUGUGACUGACGUGCUGAUGGCCAGCUUAGCUCUGCCCAGCCACGCCCGCCCACCCACGGUGACACGCCCUCACAGGGACCAGGUCGCCGGUACGGGACUUAUUGUGGCUCUCCCUGCCCGCUUGGGGUGGAGGUCACUCGGGUGUGUGGACACAAUGGACUGCAAGUUAACCUCUCGGGCACUCACGCACACAUAAACAUACACCCUCACACACCCUUGUGCGGAGCACUGGACUCUAGUCGGCCAAUGGGUGUUUAUUUGGGGCGGGCGGCUUUGGGCAUCUUCGACUGAUGCCUGGCACCAGAGCAGCAGCAGCAGUGCUUUCGAAAACAACAACCAUGAUGAUGAUGGUGAUGAUGCUGUCAGUACUGUCCCCAUAUCACAGAACAACCGGCAGGGGUUUCGACGAGUUAAAAAGUGGAUUUUGGAUGCUAAUGAUUUGCGCUACCAUUUCGUAUACAGAAGAAAUGGCACCCUAAAAAAAUCUCUUAUUCACAGCACAAGGCUUCCCAGUCGCAAUGUGCUGCUUCUCACUCUCAAAUGUCUUUGUAUUCCCUAGAUCUUUUCUUUUUUUUCUCAAAGCAUUGUCAUUAGAACAGUCUUCUAAAAUGCUUUCUAAUUAAAUGUUAUGGAAUAAAUUAUUCCAGUUUAUAAA